AUGGAAUCCAUAAAUUUUGACUGGUAUAACAUCCAGCAAGGCCAGCAGUUAGAUAUUCAAAUUAAUUCCAUGCAGCUUGGCAGUUUUGAACUUAGAGAUGAUUUAGCAUAUGACCUUUGUCAAUCGUACCCAGUACAUCCUGAUCUGGAACCAGUCAUUAAGUUUAUUCUUCAAAUUUACGCCCAUAUGAAACUAUUUAAACAAAUCCAGUCUUGCUAUCAGUUUGAACCAUUUAAUCAUCUAUCCCAUCAAGUAAGCUACCUUCCUGAGCGUAUGGAUGCUUUGCUUAAUGGUAUAGGUGAUGUGAAAUUAGAAUAUGGAACAUUUAGAAUCAAGUGGCCACUAACAGCUUUGAAAACUGCCCUACUUAAUACCAAUUGGUUCUACCAGUGUAUGGAGAACUUCUGUUUAAAGCUCGAUAUAUCUUUCCCUUUAUGCGAUCCGCCAAAGAGUGGUUGUUACAAGUGUUUGUUCUGGGAUGAUGAUGAGGGGAAUGAUAAGUUAGAUACUUACAUUAAAGCUUAUAUGGAUCAAUUUUUAGGUAAAGUUGUUUCCCAACGUCAUAAUAAUGAAUUUGUAGUUGGGAUUCCUUCCGAUAAGAGUUUAUCGGUAUCCGAAGUUGAAGGAUAUCUUCCGCUUUGGUUUGUAUUGGAGCACCCUGAGUUCAUGAAUGUGUAUUCAUUAUUUAUGAUGACUCGGUCAGAACGAUCAUUCAAAUUCCUUGAAUCAAGUCCAGACACAUUGAAAGCAUUAGAAACAGUUGGUAUGACUUUGUGCACAUGCAGCAACGACCUGUUAAUCAAACGAUUACGCGAUAUUAGUGACGUAUAUGAGAUCGGGGGAUACAAUCUUUUGGGAGUUGUAAAUACUACUGGUUCAGGACAGGGAUACAUGGGACAGCUAUAUAAUCAUGAUCCAUUCAAAGAAGUUUAUACCCCUGUUCAUGAUCUUAAUGAAUUUUCAAAGUUGUUGGGGUAUGUUCUAACACCAGCGCGACAAGUCAAUAUAAAUGUAAAAUUUCCUGUAAAAGGUGGUGAUCGGAAGAUCGUGUUAAGGAAUUUUUUUACAAGAGGUGAAUAA